GAUUCACUUUUCCCAGAGUCCGGGGCGGCAGCAGCCGGAGCCCGAGCCCGAGUGGAAGGACGCGGGAGCGGCGGGAGCCAGAGCGGGGCUAGAGCGAGCGAGGCAGGAGUGGGGCGCGCGAGGGAGCGCCGCUGGGCACCGGGGGGUCCGGGUCUCCGUAAGUCCGCGUCCGGCGGACACCUCUGCCCGCGCCUCCCCCUCCUCCUCCUCCCCGUCCUCCGGGAUCAGCACAAGACAGCGACCUGCGCGGACUGCCCCCAGCCCAGCAUUUAAGAUGUCCACUGAAGGGCAAAGAGUUGACGACAGCCCAAGUACUAGCGGAGGCAGUUCUGAUGGAGACCAGCGUGAAGGGGUGCAGCAGGAACAGGAAAGAGAGCAAGUGCAACCCAAGAAAAAGGAAGGCAAGAUCUCUAGCAAGACUGCUGCGAAAUUGUCAACCAGUGCAAAAAGAAUUCAGAAAGAACUUGCAGAAAUAACAUUGGAUCCUCCACCAAACUGUAGUGCUGGACCCAAAGGAGACAACAUUUAUGAAUGGCGGUCAACUAUCUUGGGACCCCCAGGGUCUGUCUAUGAAGGAGGGGUUUUCUUUCUUGACAUUACCUUCUCACCAGACUACCCAUUUAAACCACCUAAGGUUACGUUUCGGACAAGAAUCUAUCACUGUAAUAUUAACAGCCAAGGAGUGAUCUGUCUGGACAUUCUAAAGGAUAACUGGAGUCCAGCCCUCACCAUUUCUAAGGUUCUUCUCUCCAUCUGCUCACUUCUCACAGAUUGCAACCCUGCUGACCCCCUGGUGGGAAGUAUCGCCACUCAGUACAUGACCAACAGAGCAGAACACGACAGAAUGGCCAGGCAGUGGACCAAGAGAUAUGCGACAUAGGAACCUCCCGCCGCGGCUUCUGGACCGACCUCUCCACAAGCACAUUCACCAAGUGCAUCAAUAGCCCUUCCCUCCUUUGUGGUCUUAUUUUUAUGACAUUUUGAACCAUUUUGUGACAAUAUGUUGUCCUUUCUUUCUUUUUAUUAUUUUUAUUUUAUUCCCCCCCCCCUUUUUUUCAGUUCUGUUAACUUGAAAGAUAUUUCCCCUCCAAGUAGACGGGAAUUUUUUUGGUUUUGGUUUGUUUUUUUGUUUGUUUUAUUUCAGUGCAAAGAAUGUUGGAUCGGUAAUAGUAUAGAGCUUUGUCACAAAGCUUUGUAUUCAUGUGUGGUUUUUUUUUUUCCUUUUAUGUGGUCUUUGGGAAAACAAAACAAAUUCAGAAUUAUAUCUCGUUUCUACUUCAAUGUAGUGUUUAGGGUUAAUUUUUUUGUACUGAAGUCUUUAAUGGCGGGUGCAUGCUACUGGGAACAAGUUUUGUAUAAAGGCUUAAAUUCAAGAAUCACUGUGCAUUACUGAGACUCUGUUUAUCACUAGCCUUCUGUCUCCCACACAAAAGGCUGUUGGGUUGAACAAAAUAAUAUGUAUUUUGAUUUACUUAAAGUGCUUGUAAAUUUCUUAGGGACCUGCCACUUUUGACUGUGGAACAGUUGAUGUACACUUGUAUUAUGAGAGCACUCAAUAAACACUGUGGCGGAUGCGCGCA